UUGUAGUAUUCAAGCAUUUAUUUAAAAAGAAGACUUACAUACUUAUUUAACAUUUCAAGUCUAAGGGCUUGGUAUGAAGACAAAUCGAUCAUGGUCAAUGUUAUGAAAGGAGUCCUUGUUGAAUGUGACCAUGCUAUGAAACAAUUUCUGCUGCAUUUGGACGAAACAGUUGCUCUCGGAAGAAAAUUUAUUAUUCAGGAUUUGGAUGAAACUCACUUGUUCAUCUCUGCAGAUAUAUUGGAUGUAUUGCAAGCAAGGGUGGACGACUUGAUGGACCAGAUCAGCUUCCCAUUGGUCGAGAAAUAAGAAGUGAAUAUGACUAGCCAGGUAGCAAAAGGAGAUCGUGUGUCAGGACGCAUCAAGGAUGCUAACCAGCGACGGGUGUUGGACGAAGCAACACGACGGCGUCGCGCUCGGAAAGCUCUUGAGGCACUUGAGCAAGACAACUACCAUGAUGAUCCUCAUGCUGAUCUUGUGAUGAGUAAGAAAGCACCGAAAUUCCAAGAAACAUUAGAAUCAAGAGGAAGAAAGAAAAAGACUAGAAGCGCUGAAUAUUACAAGCAAAGGUUCCGGAAGACCCUAAUGCAGCUAGUGGAGGAGGACCGAGCCUACCACCCUGACCCACCAAACUACAUGUCUGCGCAGGCCAUGCCGUCCCAACUGCCUGAGCGACACUUCUGCGCGGUCUGCGGAUUCCCUAGCAACUACACUUGUAUACCUUGUGGAGCCAGAUACUGCUGUACUCGCUGUCUAGGCACACAUCUAGAUACCCGGUGCCUCAAGUGGACUGCUUAAAAAAACUGUUAAAAAUAUUUUAGACUCUUUUUCAAUAUAUUAGAUAUUUAAAUAGUUUUUUUAACAAAUUUAAAUAAUUAACUUUUGUAAGUGUUUGAAUAGAUAAUGAAAAGUUAAUUAAAAGUGAAUAGAUGGUGUAAAUAUUUAUGGCCUUAGUUUUAAAUUUAUUAAAUGGCGAAUGUUACUGGACGUACCCUUUUUUAUGUUUCAAUGAAAAUACUGUCAUUUUUACCAGUUUGUAGGUUUGUGUUGGUCAUCUAAUAAAAUGUAAAAAAUACUUUUAAUUAUUGUUAUUGCAGUACUCUGUAAGAAAAUCUGGAUAAGAAAAUGGUCUGAUGGGAAGUCAUUAUGAAAAAAAAAACUUGUUGAUAGAGCAAAGAAAUCAACCUUUAAAUAGUUGUUGUAGCUUUUUAUAUCAUCCAUUCCAAUAUUAGUUGUUUUUGUUCAUGUAAAUGUGCUUGGAAUAAAAAACCUACUAAACAAUCAUUAUUAGUCUACACCCUAUACAGGGUGUUCGAAAAAGGUGGGAACAUAAUUUACGUAGUGAUUCCUUGGGUCAAAAUAAAGAGAAAAUCAAGAAUAAUGGUUUUUCAUAAAUCACUUCGUUAACCAGAUAUCCGCCUUUUUAUCUUUGAAUUUUUUUAACCGAAC